AUGUCAUCGUCGAGCUUCUUCAAAGCCCGCCAGUUUGGCAAUGAGUCGGUUCUGAAGAGAAGCUUUCUUGCUGAUUCCACGAUGGAUUCCAUCUCCCUCCAUCAACCUGCUUCUUCUGGACAUCUGAGCAGUGAACUCACGAAAACAGACAAAUACUGUGUCUCUCGUCUCCCUGCGUUGCCUCCCGUUCUUAGCCAUGAUCGCAUGGAAGAUUCAUCUAGUUUGCUCAAUGGGUAUGCUGAUGGAAAGACCGAAUUUGCUUUGGUAGUGAGCGAGAAAUCCAUAGACGUUUGGCCCUACAAUUCGUCAGACGAUGUCCCUAUCAGCUUUGAGUUUCCGCUAGGUGAAAGUUCCCAGGAUGCAUUGCAAUUGGCCAUUUUAACUCGUUCCAGUCCAGGAACUUCAUUGGAUCCUGGCUUGGUGAUCAUCAACUCCAUCUCUGGUCAUGUGCGUUUCUACGAGAGUGUUCAGCAUGCGCCUGCCUUGGGUAUGAUCAAUAGUAAAUCCAUCGAGACAACAAUCAACAUUCUGGCCGGUCUGGGUGAAUACAUCACUUUGGCUGAGAACGUUGAGCCUGCGGGUAUAGUAGUGGCCACCUCGUGGAAGAGAGUAGUACUCGUUCUAUUGAGGGAUCAUAAAGGUGCUCCAAAAUUAUCCUCUUUGGAGCUCACCAGACCCUCCACUUCUUCUCGUUUGUUCUCUGGCUGGCUCGGCCUGAGCGAUGAUGAAUUGACAGACGACAUUGUGUCUAUCAAGUCUGGAGUCAUCUCUGCCCUGGGAACAACACAAGAGAUCAUUGUUCAAGACGCUGCUGGUACAUUCAAAAAGUAUCUCUACCAGGCAUCUAGCACUGGAACACCCAUCAUAAAUCACAAGAAGACUCUUCUGCACAGGUUGGCAACAUUCUUGGAAAGUAAUAUUGAUGGCUUGAUUCCGGGUGCUGUUUUAAACGUGAAAUUUCUCGAUCUCUGGCCAGCUUUUUCUUCUGGCUCCCAGUUCGACAAGCGCGACUUGUAUAUUGCUUUGGUAUGUAUCCAGAGCUCUUUGCGUGGUUCUCAAGAGGAGAGAUUGAUUCUCUUAACAAUGAAGAUAAAUGAGAGUGGUGUAAUGAUUAUUGCAUCGCAUCUGCUUCCCGAAGUUCACACAACAAAUAAUCUUUCCUUAGUUUCUAAGCCGAAGUUAUUUAUUCCCAAACCCGGGAAGUCCGCUUUUGUUGUGAUAGGCAAUGCUGUUGUUCUAUGCGACCUCGCCUCUGAAACUGCAAAGAGUGGUGAUUUCGCUUACUACAAGCCUAAAUGGGAGGACACAAUCAAGUUCAAACCCUCUGUUCAAGUGAUUGGUUGUGGCUACGAAGACAAAGUCAAAGAUGACGAAAACUCAGCAUUGUUAUUCAUAACUUCUGAUUUUGGUGUUGUGAGAAUUGAGAGAUUCACCCCAUCUGAUGAGGAUUGCGAGUCACAGAAUGAAGACCCAACCAAUCCUGUGAGCCUUCUUAAAUCUCACAUCCAACAAGCUGUAUACUUCGACGGUUCGUCGUUUGUUGAUUUCAAUGUUGGCCCUGAUUUUUCUGAUGAGGUCGUCAUUGAGGCAGUAAAUUCUGUUGUCUCCGAGAUCAUGAGCAACUCUUCACCUUACCUUCCUGCUUUCCUUUCGAGCACUCGUGAUACUUUUGCAUUACGCUUAAAAUUGCUUCGCUCUCUUUUGGAGUUUGUAAAGAGCAAUUUUGUACGCUCUUGGAUUGCAGUGUACCCAUCAAUCGUGGAUACCUUGGAGAAGAUCGAAUGUGCGCUGAACUUAUGGAAUCUCAUUGAUAUGGAUGACCGUGAAGCAAAUCAACUCAAAAAGAAUCUCAAAGCAAUCAUAUCAAACAAACAUUCAUCUUCCAUCAAUUCGAAGUCUGAUGUUUUGAGAUCGUAUUUUAGCCACAACGUCUCUGACAUUCUUGAUAUCUUGACUCGAUUGAUUGAGGAUUCUCUGAGCCACUCUCAAUCCAUCAAAACUUCUCUCAAAAUUUUAUUGAUCACUUUGCAUGAUGCUGUUUAUUGCAAUGAGCUCGCAUACAUCGUGCCAAACGACCAGAUACCGGCCAGAAAAUUGUGGGUAUUUGAUUCUAGCCUCAUUGUCAGAGCCGAAGAACUCAUAAGUCUUGCUUAUUGUUCGUCAGACGACAAUUUGGUGCAAACUUCUUCUGGAAGAGAGGAGUUUGUCAAAUUUAUUGCCACUCUUUACUACCUAAUAUCAAGUGCAAUUGUUUUCAUGAAAAGUACAGAUGAUGAUCAGCUACAAGAAUAUACUACAUGGUUUGAAAACAGACGCAAGGUUUGGAUCACUUCACUCUUAGAGUAUGGCUUGCUGAGAGAGGCCUUGGUCAUCGCAGAGACCUAUAAAGACUUUUCAUCAAUCUCACAAGUUCUCGAAAAAGAGCGGGAACUCAGCUCGCCAGAAUACAUACUGGACAAAAUAGCCAUAUAUAUGGCCGAGUACGGAUAUGAAUUCGCUUGCAAGCUUUUUGAAUUCGACAUUGAACUGGACAAGAUCCAGAGACUCUUAUCAGAAUACGCUCAGUAUGAAGAAUUUUUGACUAGGUUCUUCGAAGAGUUUCCAUAUCAAACGGCUGCAUUUUCUUGGAUUCACUAUAUCAAGGCUAAAAGUUUCGAAGAGGCUUCGAAUGUUCUCAUUUCAAUGAACGCUAACAAGAAUUUCGAUCAGCAACACAACCGGGAGUUUAGCUUCUCCAUGGCAAAACUCGCAGCCAUAGCUGCCGAGACUGAAGAUUCAAAGAUGGUUGACUCGUACGCAUUAGAAGAGCUAGUAAUCGAGGCUGAGAACAAUUUGGUGGGUAUUCGCAUUCAGAACAAGUUGUUUAACCAUAUUUCCCUGUUCGUCCACAACAAAACGCCAAUGGUAACGAAACAGUAUUUCCUCGACAAUUUCGCUAACACAAAAAUCCCUCGUUCACAAAUCGAAUCCGAGAUUCUGCCAUUCUUUAAUUCUUUUAUUGAGGAGAGGCAACUCACAAAAGGCGACCUUACAAUUUUAUUGUCUAUCGUGAACCCAAUCUCACAGCUAAACAACGUGUUUGCGGACGCUUUAACUGUUGCUGCUCUGAUUUCAAAUGACAGCGAGUUCCGGAAAGCAGCUGGAAAGGUAUGGUCCAAGUUGCUCACAAAGACGGAUGAUUGGUCUGUUGUGACAGCCACAGGAGACAACACUGAUGAAGUGAACAAGAUCAAAAUAAAGGAGACGAUUCUAUAUCACACACUCAAGGAAGUCAAAUUCAACAAAGACAUAAUUGGUGUGUUGGAGUCUGUUGUCAAUGGAUCGAUACCUGACGAUUCCAGCGAUGAGACUGACCGUUAUUGGGCUGAGCAGGUCCACAAUCUCGGUCAAAGAAUCGACCUCAAGAAGUGGAUUAGUAUAAUACAAGCUGAGACGUGA